UUAAAAUGGAAAUCUCAACCCCCGCAAUCCAAAAGAUCUUCACAGACCAGCGGAGUUCGAAGCACUGCUUUUUGGCCGACAGCCCCGGUGUUUCCCGCCUUUUCCAGCGCGACGAUGAACAACCGGCAGGUCAUUUCGGCGGUUCUCCUGCAACUCUUCGUCUCAGCAUCCGCCGCGAGCUUAACCGAUGGCGAAUCGACUCUCCGUCUUCGGACGCCGAACGGCGACAUGUGCGGUCAGCUCAUCCAACCGGCCGGCUACUCUUGCACCGAACACACUAUCGAAACUACAGAUGGAUACUUGUUGGCUCUCCAGAGGGUUUCCUCCAGAAAUGGAAAUAUCACCUUGAAUCGUGGUCCUCCCGUAUUGCUUCAACAUGGACUCUUCAUGGCUGGUGAUUGCUGGUUUCUGAAUUCUCCUGAAGAGUCACUAGGCUUCAUCCUUGCGGACCAGGGUUUUGAUGUAUGGGUUGGAAAUGUUCGUGGGACAUUCUGGAGUCAUGGGCAUGUAUCUUUGUCAGAGGACGACAAGGAAUUUUGGGAUUGGAGUUGGCAGGAGUUGGCGCUGUAUGACCUUGCAGGGAUGAUUAGUCACAUAUAUUCAGCCACAAAAUCAAAAGUUUUCCUUGUUGGUCAUUCUCAGGGAACGAUAAUGUCCUUGGCUGCACUCUCACAGCCAAAUAUUGUGAAAAUGGUUGAAGCUGCUGCGCUUCUAUGUCCGAUAUCUUAUUUGGAUCAUGUAACUGCUCCUCUUGUGCAUAAAAUGGUUACUUUACACAUCGAUCAGAUGAUUGUUGCCAUGGGAAUACAUCAGUUGAACUUCAGAAGUGAGUUUUUGAUCAACCUGUUGGACUCCUUAUGUGCGGACCUUCUACAUUGCGAUAACAUGCUGAGUUCCAUAACAGGGGAUAAUUGCUGCUUCAACGAUUCACGCAUCGAAUACUAUCUUGGAUACGAACCACACCCAUCAUCUGCUAAAAACCUGAGACAUCUUUUCCAGAUGAUUCGGAAGGGCACGUUCGCGAAGUAUGAUUAUGGGACGUUCAAAAACUUGCAGCUGUACGGGCAGGCUUCUCCACCCGUAUUCGAUCUAAGCCUGAUACCAGACUCGCUGCCAAUGUGGAUGGGAUAUGGUGGUCUGGAUGGGUUAGCUGACGUGGAUGAUAUGCAACACACACUGAAGGAGCUGGUGUGCAAUACAGAGUUGCUCUAUCUGGAGAACUACGGUCACAUCGACUUCCUACUGAGCGUUCGAGCCAAAGAAGAUGUUUAUGACCACAUUAUUGGGUUUUUCAGGUCGCUACUGGGCCAGUCCAGCAGUGCUUAGCAUAUGUCCGGGCCGGUUGGUUCAAUUAGCUUUAUGGGCCUGUCCCCCUUGGUUACGUGUGUGCAGAACUUGUGAAUAGUUUAUGUAUAUAUCACGUCUCACUUGCGACUUGCGAGGGAUUGGGGAGGUUCUGCUGGAGCCGGAGCCGGAGCCGGACCACGAUCGAGAAGCUAAUGCAGUAAGUGGACGGCCUCGCUAAAGAGGGACCUCAAUAUGGCCACGAUGAAAAUGCUAUACGAUUUCUGUGCAUCUUUCUUGUUGUGCAUUGGAGAUUUGGCGUUGUCUUUCCAAACGAAAAAAUGUAACUAUAGUAAUACAAUUACCAGUACAUUUCCGUAUGUGUCAGUAGACCAGGGUCACAAUUUUUCUGAACCGGGAUCCGGAUAGGUGAUGUUUGCUUAGCGGUUAAAUUAUUAAAUUGACCGGUAAUUGAUGGAUAAAGGUUAUAUCGU